AUGUCGGACAUCUCAAAGUCCUUUGCCUACCUGCAGGAAACGAUACCACAAUGGCUCCAGGACAUUACGAACGUAGAGGAGAGGGUCUUGAGCAUGCAACAUGAUAUGACCAGAGUCUUGGUGUCGCAAUCGCCGUUUGUGGAAAGCAGAACUGGAUCCAUGGACUCGAUACGACCCGAAAAACUGGACAUCGUCGCGGAAGAGAUCACGCCAUCAAACAACUUCCCAACCAAUCCGCUUGGUAGUCGCAAGCGAAAGUCGCCUUCGGUCGCCUCUGGCCCCUCAGGACCAACCAAGUACCGCCCAAGAACGAUGGUGGUCGUCAGCUACGACGGAGAUAUGCAAAAAUCCUUCGAGCUGCUUGUGCGCGGGCUAGCAACGGGUCGCAACAUGCUGAGGAAGGCAAAGAUGGAGGCAAGGAUGGCCGAAUUGGCUGCCAUCGCAGGCUCGAGCGAAGACGAGGACGACAACGAUGAUGAAGAAGAGGAGGAGGAGGAGGAGAACAUCAUGUCGAAGAUCAGCUAUCGACCACAUAUGACAUCCAUGCGACUGCGCGCCGCGGCUGCCAGAAGAGGAGGCCGUAACGGCCUGAACGGUGGUCCAACUCCGCCAGCAGAGCUUUUCGAGACAACAGACAAGACCUUGGAACAAGCACAGGAGCUGUGCGAGAAGUCGGCCCACCUGAGUCUACGUGAAGGCGACUGUAGAAACGAACUGAAGCUUGUACGCAGGCAUCUUGAGAAUGUCUUGUCCACAGCAAAGACAGAAGUCAUCAGGUACACCGCCAGUCCACCGCAACGAACGCAAGCCCUACAAGACCACGAUACUUCCGAUACAUCGGUACCCUCGGUGGAGCCAUCGUAUAAGAGACACUUCCCAAGCAUCUCAGCGCCUAAGCCGGUUCCUGAACAAGAAUCUAAGCUGGUGCCAGUCACCACUCAAUCAACCAUUCGUGCACCGGCUGCAUCUACAGUCGUAGCGUCGAAAACAACGGACAUCGAAGUCGAUGACGACGACGAAGACGAAGACAUGGAUUUUGUCAUGCCGCCUGUGCGCUUCACAUCACGAAGAGCUGCUUGCGCCUAG